GGAUGAUUGUUGCACGGGAUAAGUCUCAGUGCCUAUGCGCGAUGCCGACGGACCGGCUUUGACUCAUGAUUCACAGCCUUUUCGCACUCCUCGUUCUUGACUCGGCGGGCUCUCACUCCAGUCCAGCUAUCGCCCGGACACUGUUGUCUCAUCUGGAUGGAUCUCCGUCAUCCCCACUUUCUCCAUAGAGAGCCUUUGACUUUUGCCUAGCAACAGAAUAGGCAGGAUCGCGGUUUGGGGGACUUUGACAGGCGGGGGUAGCUUCAGUUUGUCACCUGCGCCUCCUUCCCAGCACCGCGUGGGAAGAUCCGAGUACCGUCCCAUCACGUUUUUCGGUUUUCACCAGUGUAGAAUUCCGAUUUUUUCUGUGAUUGUCGACCAAGAUGACUCCACACUCUCACCGCCCGUCGUCGGGCCUAAAACAGCGGAAUAAGCCUUCGAAGAAAAGCUCCGGGGGUCCGGUGUCUGCCACUGCGUAUCGAGAGGCACAGAGGCGGAAGGAAGCUGCCCCUGGCAUUACGGCAGCUCUUCGCCCGAUCAAUAAGCAGCAAAGGGCACUCGUGACAAAGCAGAAGCGAUCUCGACAACUCCAGAACCUUCAGCAGCUUAAAACUUCUCUUCGCGGCGCGGCAGCGUGUGGGCACGCAGCUCUGCCGCCUCGAGUUGUCGUUAUCGUGUCCUUCGAUGAACACACAGACUCGCGGGUAGUUUUCGCGGCACUAGCCCGACAACUGCGCCAAGAUCUCGGCCUCUGUGAUGCUCAUCCCAGUGCCCGUUACAAUCCUUUGGAGGCGCAAAGUAAUGUGACUGCGGAACUCGCUGCGUCCGCGGGCCGAGUGUCAGGAGUGUCGAAGCACGCAAAACAUGAGACGGACUCUGCUUCCUCUUCCAUGCCCUCUUCCACGUUCCUGUUUCCUCUACCGAACUACGCACGGUGCGCGUCUCUUCCGCUGCGAUCGCAGCAGCGCAUCUUGUUGCUCCCGGCGCCGCCGCCGCGGAACACCCUGCCGCUCCUCGACCUCUGCAAGUGUGCGGACCUCCUCCUCUGCGUCUUUUCGGGUGAAUGUACGUACACCAAACCGGCGUUCGACGAGGACGGGUACCGGUUCUUGACUGCGCUUAAAAUGCAGGGUGUUCCGCCGGUAGUUGGCGUCGGCUCUCCGGUGGCUUUGCAAGCUCACCUCGGUACGUGUCUUUCGGGAAAUGGCGCAGCGUUGCCUUGCGAUUUCCCGUCGUCGUCUCUAACUGGUGUCAGUAAAAUGGAAAUGGCGGCGGAAGCGAUGAACGACGUGGACGUUUCGUCGAUGUCCAUGGAUAACGAGAGUAUUCAAACACCCGCAGCUCUCGGCGGAAAGGCAGGAAGAAAGCAAGCCGCCGAAACCCUUCGCUUCCAACAGCGCUAUUUCUCUUCUGAAUUCGGCUCCGACAAGAAGUUCUGUGCAGUGUCACUGCCUGCGGACUGGCAGAAGGUCGUGCGGAUGAUUGGAGGUGCCAGUGUGCCUCUCGAUGUGGCGAGGUCGUCUCAGGCCGCCGAAGCCGCAGGGACGCAUGGAGAUCUCCAGUGGCGAAGAGGUCGGGGCUACUUGCUUGCCCUUGAUUGGGAAAUUCUCACCGGCGCUCAGAGACAGCUGGCGGGUGCUGCGAGUCCUCCAGGAAGCGAGUUACCGAAAUCCGAGAGAAGGGAGAACGUCAGUGGCGCAGGCGAAGACGAUGAAGCUGAGGAGACCUACUUGCACGCGUACGGCUUUGUGAGAGGAGUGGGAAUGACUUGCAGACUCCCGAUCCACAUCACUGGAGUGGGGGACUUCAUUGCUGAACGCAUCGACAUUCUUCACGAUGACGAUUGGAAGCGACGGGAAAAGCGGACAGGCGCUGUCGAUACCACGAAGCACGUCGGUCCGAAUUUUUGUCAAGAGGACUGCGAGAUGGAAGCUCAACAAGCGAACGGCGGAGAGACCGGUGUCCAAGAUCUGUCCCUGCCAAAGCUGGAUGUAGAGAGUUUGACGGCCGCUGAAAGGGCAGAGCUCCUUGCGAGCAUGAAUCCGCUGCAGCCCUUCGACCCGACAACUCUCGAACAGACUUGGCCGACGGAGAGCGAACUCCGGGAGGGACAAGAAAACAGACAAAGGGGCAAGUGUCGGCGCAUCCGAGUACCAAAGGGAAUUUCCGAGUACGAGCGCAUCUGGUAUGAAGAGGAAGUCGACGAGGAUGAGGACGAGGAACACGAAGCAGAAGAAGAUGCGGACGAGCACACGGUGAUUUCAGAGGGGGAGGAAAUGGGAGCUGACGACGAAAAAGACGAUGAGUGGCACACUCAGGAAGAGACAGAACUUCUGGGAGAUGCUGAUGAAAUGCAUCGAGCAAAAGAGGAAAUGGUGAAGAAGAGGAACUUCACAAUCGAACAAAGAGCAGCCGAGGACCUACAGUUCCCUGAUGAAGUGGACACCCCGCUGGACGUGGAGGCACGAGUCCGUUUCCAGAAGUACCGCGGACUGAAGAGCUUCCGCACUUCCUACUGGAACAAGGACGAGGAUCUUCCUGUCGACUACGCAAGAGUUGUCGACUUUGAACGUUUCAAGGCGAUGAGCGCUUACGCACGAGGCGAGCUGCGACGCCUGUGCAGCAGCAACGUUUUCCAUGGUCGUUUCUGUCGGGUGACCAUUCCUCUCCAUUAUCACCCUGCUUCGACGCACGAGUCGUCUGUCCAGAGCAGUUCAUCGGAGGAACCCCGAAGGUGUACGAAAGCCCAGCUUUCUCAGAUUCUGCAGCAACUUCGGCGCGCAACUGCCGGCAAUCCGUCGUCUUCAGUGAACACGGAUGGGCACAUCGUGAAGGGAGAGGAAAGAAAAGGAUUCCUCGUCUUGUCAAGCCUUCUCCCCUACGAAUGCGCAGUCUCUGUCGUCCACCUACAGCUGACGCGCGGCGGCCCCUACGAAGGAUCGCUGAAGGGCAAAGACGAGCUGAUCUUCAACUGUGGCUUCAGGAGAUUUGUUGGGCGACCCAUUUUCAGCGAAGACAGAGGCGUCUCAGGGUCCGGAAGCCAUACAGACAAAGCAAAAAUGCUUCCCUUCUUUCACGCUGGGGUGUCCUGCGUCGCCUCACUUUAUGCGCCUACUAUGUACCCGCCGGGUUCAGUUGUCGUCUUCCGAAAAACGGAAGAUAGUGCUCAGCCUUUUCAAGUCUGCGCCUGGGGCAGCGUGCUAAACAGCACCAGCAACCGUCUCAUUAUAAAGCGAAUUGUCCUCACUGGCUACCCCUUCAAGGUCCACCGUCGCAAGGCGGUGGUCCGCUACAUGUUUUUCAAUCCUCGAGACAUCAGGUGGUUCACGCCCGUAGAGCUCCACACCAAGAAGGGCCUCCGAGGAAACAUCGUGCAGCCUCUUGGAACGCAUGGCUAUAUGAAGUGCAAAUUCAAUCAAUACGUCAAACAGGAUGACACGGUUUGCAUGUACCUCUACAAGCGUGUCUUCCCUAAAUGGUAUCCUCCUACAUGGGGAGGAAACCCUGCACUUCUACCUACCGAUGAAAUACGGAAUGUGAGUGAAGAACAUGACAUGGAAGGUUAACGGAACCUCAUGAGGGAACGGCGUAUUCCUUGACGCUACUGACAUUGAUGAAAGGACGUCUAGCGCACGAUGUCAAAGCUUCAUAGGAGAGGGGCGGAGAAAGCCAAGCCAUUCUGAAGUGAAGUGGUGGGCAUCGCUGUUUCCAGAACGAAGCACGCUGAGUUCUCAUUAGCUGCAGUCAUGUUUUGCGAGUGUAGACGCCUCGACUCUGCCAGCAUGGGCGACAUUUUCUGAUGUUGACAACAGUCGUCACUGUUGACAAAAGUGGGGGAAAGCCAUGGUGAAAACGCCUUCGCCUGAAUUCAUUCGAAGGCACUGAGUCGGGGGUCUAGUCAGUGCUUUCGGAGGGAUGGGAGGCCUGAGACCGUCUGGAUGAGUUCUUUCCAUUGAAAAAUUGCGUUCUCUACUGGGGAAAAGCCCUUGCUUGGAGACCGAUAUUUUAAUUGAAGCCUACACUAGUGUCUCCUCUAAAUGCGGAAGGUACGGAAUUGCCUUCUCUUGUUUCGACCUGUCUGGUCAAUUGCGUGUUUCCCAGCUAGCGUAUACCGGUAGAGGGGGGUGACGACUUUCUUCUCCUUCCCAGUCACGUUUCGCGUUAAUUCUCAAAAUGUGAUGAAAAAAGUCCAACAAUCUCGUAUCCCUUGCCAAAGACUGAACGCAGCCCUUGCAGUGCCUCUGCUGGCUCGCAUCUAAAACGUGGUAUACACUGACAAAUGCCACUGGCAGUGCAGAUUUCCUGUGGUGGCAGGAGUGUCUCGGGUAUGCGUACCCACCACACUCAUUAACCGUGGGAUAAAGGUGUGCUCGAAAGAAAGAAAAAAAUCC